UCAAACUAUCGUCUCAAGCAAAAGAGGUGCUUGCUAAGGAGUAUCUUUGGAUAACUUUUAUUUGCUUCCAGCAGUGCAUGUCAAAAAUAUAAUCCACGAUUGCAGUGAUCUUUCUCCCCUCUCAAACGCAAGAUACUCAGCACAUACACUCCAAAAAAUCGGUGCGGUGCAAUAUGGCGACAACUGAAUCUGAGCUUCAGACCAAUUUGGACAACGUUAACUUUGGCGACAAGGUUAAUGAAGUUUCCGAGAACGUUAGGAAAGUGAUUCAAAAUUUGCUCCCACAAAUUCUAAAAGGAGUCAAUCUAAAUGGUUCGGGAGUGAAUCAACUUCGUGAAUUGGGAUGGGAAACGGGGACGUUUGAGCAACAGUUUCGUGACCGUUUUCAACAAAUCGGACGGAGGGUGUCGAAUAUCCAUCCCGUCGUCAAUUCAUGGAUUCAAUUUGCAAAGAAUUAUGCUGCGGAGAACCCCAUGACCGCGCUCACCGCCCUGGCUCUGGCAAUAACAUGUGCAAUUCCAGUCGUGGUCUUUCUCACAUUUGCUUUGAUUACGCUGUUGGUUACUUUCACCGGCUUUCUCUUUGUUGAAGGAACGAUCCUGGGUUUCGCAGCAAUGCUACUGGGAGGCAUUUUACUCGUCGUGGGUGGCAUCACUUUGUCAUUCGUUUCAUUCGUGCUUGUGUCUUACUUUGUGAUCACCAAGAUUUACACCAAACUCACUGGCGAUCCUGCUCCUCACAGGUUUCUGACAAAAGUUCCAUACAUUGGUCACCUUUUUGCAAAUAUGGAUCAUCUUGGAAGCAAUGGGGACGCCCCUAAAGUUCCGAACGGAAGUAAUGAAGACGAGCCCCCAAGUGAUGAAAGCUUGGCUCACACCGAUUAAUUAAUAUUGUUGCUCAAGUUAUAAAUACGAUGAUAAAAGAUUUGAUCAUUCCUCUACAAAUUAUUUCGACCUACUGUAAUAAUUAUCUAUUAAUAAUAUAUAUAACCGAAAAACCUCGCCGACGGGCAAGAUGACAAAAUGAUAUAAUAUACACAACGACUGAAAUUUGUAUUUAAAUAGAAUGGGAAUUUCUAAGGUUUGUUCAACUCAUAGUUUGACUCGAAGCGGCGACUAUUUAUUUGGAACUUGGUAAUAUGUUAGUACAAGUGUUAUGUUAUGUAUGUACAUAAUCGCAUCAUAUCAAUUGUUGAAUCCUUUUGUUGUUGAAAAAGUGUCACAAAAAUGUUGCUAUGUUUUUGUUUGGUAAUUAGCGGUUAUAAUAAAUAUUGUUUCUCAGUUA